GGCAGGGGGCGCGGGCGCGGCCGUUCCGCCAUGGCGGACUACGAGGCGGUGCAGCGCGGCCCGCUGCGGCUGAAGGGCAGCGGCGGGGCUCUGGGGGCCGGCAAACGGAAGAAGAAGAAGGCGAAAGACAAGGCCCAGAUCCUGGAGCAGAUCGUGAGCAGCAAGAAGCAGGAGGAGGAGAAGAAGCGCGGGCUGGACAAGCGGACCCCGGCGCAGGUGGCCUACGAGAAGAUGCAGGAGAAGCGGCAAAUGGAGCGGAUCCUGAAGAAAGCAUCGAAAACCCACAAGCAGCGAGUGGAGGACUUCAACAGGCACUUGGAUACUCUGACUGAGCAUUACGACAUUCCCAAAGUCAGCUGGACUAAAUGACCGGGCUGCUUUUCACGGCUCUGGAGCUGGAGUUGUGUUUUGUUUGUAUCAAGCAGGGUUGCCAUGUAAACCUGUCUUUUCUCCAUAUUGUCUAAUACAUCUUCUGAGCUUUUAUGACUUUAUACUGUCUUAUUUUAUAGACUUGUUUUUUAAAACCAAACAUGCAGCAGUGUCUCCUCUGAGCUGAGGAUCUCUGGUUUAUGUUGAUGCAGAGGGCUGGUUUUUCUUAGUAUUUAUAGUGAGAUUAGGGCAAAACUAAUUGCUGUGAGCCAGAUGGAAAACAUUUCUUUAUUUCUUUGGUUCUAACAGUUCUCCCUCUUUGAGGUGAAGAGUCUGACAGGCUCACAUUAUUUAAGUUUCUCUAUUAAGUUAUGUGAAUUGUGUAAUUACUAUCUACCAAGUUCUGUCAGAGGCCACGUUGCAAAAUGUGAACUAUGUAAAAUUGUUUUACGAAAGCAUAUUCCUUGUUAUUUGAUCUUUGUAUACUUUCAAGCCUAACCAGCAAGAAGGGAGGUUUAAUCCAUGGAAUAGAGAGCAGCCAACAAGUUCUGAGUGAUAUCCAAGUUUUCAUAGCUGAUGUGCUGGAUUUCUGGGAUCCCACUGAGCAUCCAGGCUUGUGCAACUCUGAAAUAAAUAAUCAGUGUGUCUCUCGAGUGUGUAA